AUGGCCCUGGCCCGUCCUCCCUUGGCCCGACUGGGAUUUUCUGCCUCCACCGCCUCGCGCUGCGUCUGGCGCACAUCAGGAACGCUGGCUCCCCCCACCUCAGCCCCUCUUCUUUCCUCCUUUUCUCCCCCCACUACUUCUUCUCUCUCUCGCGCUGCUUUGCUAUCUCGUCAUUUCACUUCACACUCACCAAAAAUGUCUUACACCGUUCGCAAGGUUGCCCAGCCUUACACGCUGGAGCACCGUGUUUACGUCGAGAAGGAUGGCAAGCCCGUCUCUCCCUUCCACGAUAUCCCCCUCUACGCCAACGAGGCCAAGGACGUCCUGAACAUGGUCGUCGAGAUCCCUCGCUGGACCAACGCCAAGCAGGAGAUCUCCAAGGAGGAGUUCCUCAACCCCAUCAAGCAGGACGUCAAGAAGGGCAAGCUGCGCUUCGUCCGUAACUGCUUCCCCCACAAGGGCUACCUCUGGAACUACGGUGCCUUCCCCCGCACCUGGGAGGACCCCGAGGCCGUCCACCCCGAGACCAAGGCCAAGGGUGACAACGACCCUCUUGAUGUUUGCGAGAUCGGCGAGCUGGUUGGCUACCCCGGCCAGGUCAAGCAGGUCAAGGUUCUAGGUGUCAUGGCCCUGAUCGACGAGGGAGAGACCGACUGGAAGAUCAUUGUCGUCGACAUCAACGACCCUCUGGCCUCCAAGCUCCACGACGUUGAGGACAUCGAGCGCCACCUCCCCGGCCUCCUGCGCGCCACCAACGAGUGGUUCCGCAUCUACAAGAUCCCCGACGGCAAGCCCGAGAACCAGUUCGCUUUCUCCGGCGAGUGCAAGAACAAGAAGUACGCCAUGGAUGUCAUUAACGAGUGUUCCGAUGCCUGGGAGAAGCUCAUCGCCGGCAAGGCCCCCGCCGGCAAGAUCAGCAUUGCCAACACUGAGUACAACAACUCCGCCGCAGAUGCCGACGUUAACGCCAUCCCCCGCGGCGAGAACCUUGCCCCUGCUCCCAUUGACGGUAGCAUUGACAAGUGGUUCUUCAUCUCCGGUGCCGCUGUCUAA